CAGUAAUCCCGCCCACGCUGGAAGGAGUAGCUAGAAGACUUCUGCUUACCUGUCACUGCUAAAUUCAUGCGUAAUAAUCUUGAAUUGAUCAUUUGUUAGUCUGACUCCUGUCCUGACAGGAGGGAGCAUCUUGAGCUGUAUUUGUUUAAGCAUGGACAGCGAGGGGAGAAAAGUGGUGGUCUGUGACAAUGGGACAGGGUUUGUCAAAUGUGGAUUUGCUGGAUCCAACUUCCCCGACCACAUCUUCCCUGCCAUGGUGGGUCGACCAAUCAUACGAUCAACCACCAAAGUGGGAAACAUUGAGAUAAAGGACCUGAUGGUGGGUGACGAGGCCAACCAAUGCCGCUCCAUGCUGGAGGUCUCCUACCCCAUGGAGAACGGUAUGGUGCGCAGCUGGGAAGACAUGCUCCACCUGUGGGACUACACCUUCGGUCCCGACCGCCUGGACCUCAACCCACCAGAAUGCAAGAUUCUGCUGACUGAGCCGCCCAUGAACCCGACCAAGAACCGGGAGAAGAUCACGGAGGUCAUGUUUGAGAAGUACCAGUUCCACGGCAUUUAUGUGGCAAUUCAGGCUGUGCUCACUCUGUAUGCUCAGGGUUUGUUGACCGGCGUGGUCCUCGACUCGGGGGAUGGCGUCACCCACAUCUGUCCAGUGUAUGAGGGCUUUUCUUUACCCCACCUCACACGCAGGCUGGACAUCGCAGGACGUGACAUCACACGGUACCUCAUUAAGCUCCUGCUUCUCCGUGGUUACGCCUUCAACCACACGGCCGACUUUGAAACUGUGCGUAUGUUGAAGGAGAAGCUCUGCUAUGUGGGAUACAACAUCGAGCAGGAGCAGCGCCUAGCCGAAGAGACCACCUACCUGGUGGAGUCGUACAUGCUCCCUGACGGCCGGCAGGUGAAGGUGGGUGGCGAGAGGUUCGGGGCCCCCGAGGCUCUGUUUCAGCCUCAUCUCAUCAACGUGGAGGGAGCAGGAGUGGCCGAGCUGCUGUUUAACACCAUCCAGGCUGCAGACAUCGACCUCAGGGCAGACUUCUAUAAGCACAUUGUUCUGUCCGGAGGGAGCACCAUGUACCCCGGACUUCCAUCCAGACUAGAGAGGGAGAUCAAGCAGCUCUACCUGGAGAUGGUGCUGGACGGAGACACUAAGAAACUAUCAAAGUUCAAGAUCCGCAUCGAGGAUCCUCCCCGGCGUAAACACAUGGUGUUCCUGGGCGGCGCCGUGCUGGCCAACAUCAUGAAAGACAAGGAAUCCUUCUGGGUGAGCAGGGCGGAGUACGAGGAGAAAGGCCUGGCAGUGCUGCAGAAACUGGGAGGUGGAGUCAGAUAAAAAUAAAACUGGUGAAAAGGGAAACAACAUCAUCCAGAUAUUUCAUUUUUUUACACCAACAGCUCACCUCUCAUAGCCUGGCAUGAAGCUUGUACUCGUGGCGCUCCUUCAUUCCUGCUAGUGCUGGAACGAUAUUUCGAUUAAUCAGUUAGUUGACUGACAAAGAAUUGACAGCAAUUUUGUUAAUUGGUUGUCAUUUGUCAAGCUUUUCUCUGUUUCUAUCAUUGUAAAAUGAACAUAUUUACCAUCUGACAGUUUAUAAACUAAACAAUUAUUUGAUUAAUCGCAAGAAUAUUUGAAAGAUUAAUUGGUAUAAAUAAUUUUGUAGUUGCAGCCGUAAUCCCUGCUGAGGUGAAGUUUUAUAACUACAUUAUGAUAGUGUUCAUGUUGCAUUAUUUUACCAUGAAUAUGUUUGGGGCACACUGAACAGACACAGUACAUGGAUACACUGUGACUACUAAAUCAGCAAUUUGAGGGCAUUGUUUUUCUGUCCUUUUGUCCAUAAAUGUCCAGCCAAAAUGAAAAUAUUUUGUUACAUCCAAUGAAACAGUCUAAACCCAUAUUGUGCUUUGUAAAAAAAAAAGGAAAGAAUGAGAAAUAUAAAUGAUAUAUGCUAGAAAACGCCACCGACUGAUGUAGAAAAAGUGUAAUAUGUUUAAAAUGGUGAGCAAUCACAAACCUUUGUGGGUCUGGAUAUUUCCUUUGCAAAUUUUAAAUAAAUUUGAUCAAACAUGCUUAUUAAGGUCAUGUGUAAAAAGUGA